UUUUUUAAAGCAUAUCUUGCCCAGCUGGGGCCUACCUAAAACCUGGUGUAAUCCUGCCUUAAACCCACAUGGGCAAUUGGCUUGGGGCCAACAUGGAACCUGCGGACAAUCCCACUUGCAACCCAUAUUUCAGCCCAUACUGUCCCCAUAGGCCCCACAUAGGACUUAAAGCUGGGACCAAGAUGGGUCUUAUCUGUUUUGCCCAGCUGGGGCCCAUCACCCGCUUCGAAUGUUAUCAUUGGAUUGAAUGGGCGUUAUCAGUGGUUAUCAGCCUCAUAGAUAUGGGUCAGUAGGGGCCUGCUGCGCCUACUGGUAGGCUCAGAAGGCUGUUAUCAUCCAUUCGCAUGGUUAAUCACGGAUAAAUACACGAGAAGACUCCAGAUCCAAUCCCAGAGCAAUCCAGGUCGCCGCUAACCGGAAGUCUGUUGGAUAACGGCAUAUGUAUACACAGAUAUGGGAAAAGCUAUUAAGAGUGCACGCUUCAGGAGCGUUAAGAUUAAGGUGGUGAGGAGGUGUAUUGCUGGCCGUGCAAAGGUUUCUUACCUUAGUCAAGGUCUUCCCCAACCCAGCACCAAACAGACCCAUCCUUCAGACCCUUCCACAUCUGUUACACCUCAGGUUGAAUCUGAUGAUGUGGCACCUAGUUCAUGUUCUGAGACUGCAUACAGUAAGGCAAAGAAGAGAGAGAUUCAUGCCUGGGAUGCAGUCAAGGAUGACAUGCUUAAGGUGUCAUUUGAAUGUUCAGCACCAAUCACUACGCAGUGUGUUGUCUGCCUAGAAGAUGCUGAGUAUAGGUGCAUUGAGUGCAGCACAACUGCAGUCUUUUGUGAGGCUUGUCUGAAGAGGACUCACAGAAAUUCACUGCACCUACCUGAUAAGUGGAAUAAUGCUUACUAUGAGCCGUUUUCCCUGGGGUUAUUCCUAUACUUACCUGAAGGCCAUAGCACCCAUGCUGUGUACAUGAAGGACAUGAAAGUAAUUAUCAGCACAGGACAGCUCUGCACCGUCACUGUCAAUAUGUGUGUGUGUGAACCAGAAGCCUGCACUCUGCUAAGGUAUGGGCUCUGGCCAGCAACAGCCGACAAGCCCCAGACAGCCUUUUCCAUCCCUCUGCUAGAGCUUUUUGUUUGUCUGUCACUCGAGUGUCAGGUUUCUGUUGAGGGUUUUUGCAACACCCUACGCUGGAAAAACAACCUUACACUUGCAGAGGUUAACGCUCUCUACAGAGCCCUGGUGGGAGAAUCCAUAUCCCAGUUUAGGCAUUACCACUUUCGACAAAGAAGUUUGGUAGAUGUUUGCCCACACUUAGAUGAUGGGACCACAUGCCCAGCAUGUCCAAAGAUAUGAUAGUGACAUUGGAUGCCAACUUUGGCCUUGUGCGGAAGCAAAGCUCAGGGACAAGUGUGGUUGAGCCAUUUCAUGGAACCCGCAUGUUUGUUGAUGAAAAGGAUGUAGAGGAAUACCUUCUUUCACAUCCUGACAGCUCAAAGCCUAACGAGGACUGCAGUAACUUCAAGGCUGGCAAUGUUCUGAGGUCCCAACAACAAGCAAAGAAACUUGAUGUUACAGGAGUGUUUGGAGCUUCCUGUAGUCAUGAAAUGCCGCUAAUGUUUGUCAACAUGAGCCAAGG